AUGCCGCCUCCGCUCGCCGUACGCUGCACCCACGGGUCCUCCCCCUCAGCUGCGAGGUUAUUCGUGCGCUUGCUAUGCGCAUCGUCAUCGCCUAUAGGUAGCAGCAGCAGCAGCAGCAGCAACACGUCUAUUCUCGAUGUGUUGCUACCGCCGCGGACCCGAGCUUUCCACCUCGCACGGGACAUCCGUGGUCGGGCGCGGAAUCCCCGGGUCCGGAAUGACAGGAGCGUUAUAUCGCAUGUCCCGUAUAGUACUGCCCGACGACAUUUCAGCGCCACGGCGCCCUGGCGCAAGACCCAAGUCGUGUAUAACCCGCAGAAGGACGAGGAUGGCAACGAUAUGGUCUUGGAGAUUACACCGCGCGCCGCCAACAAACUCUCGCAAAUCAUGGUCAAAGACAAAAACCCCAACCUAGCGCUGCGCAUCUCCGUCGAAUCCGGCGGGUGUCACGGGUUCCAAUACCUAAUGUCGCUAACCUCUCUCCCGCCCUCCCUGCCCUCCACCCCGGACUCGACAACAUCCGCGCACCCGCCUCCCGAAACCUCAUCUACCCCUCCCACCCCCGCCAACCAAGAGGGACAAAAGACCACCGCCGAAAUCACGCCCUCGACAACCACCAGCGCCGCGCCUUCCGCGCCUAGCAUCGGUGAGGACGAUACUAUCUUCGCGUUUGUGAAAGACGAUCCUCCUUCUUCUACCGAUGCCUCCGCGCCGCCCAAGAUCAUCCUAGACUCGCCGAGUUUAGAGCUGCUGAAGGGGAGUAAGGUGGACUACACGAUGGAGCUGAUUGGGAGCCAGUUUAAGAUCGUAGAUAACCCACUUGCUUCAAGUAGUUGCGGCUGCGGCACUAGCUUCGACAUCAAAAUAUAG